UUCUUCAUUUUUAAGCAUUUCCUCUAAGUAUUGUAAGAGACAUCGGAAGAGGAUAUAAUGCAUUUGCAUCUUUUACCCUUCUUGGAAAUGUUAUUCCUCACUUGCUGGGUUUCGUUGUGACGUUGCGCAUAUAUUUCUUCGUUCCUAUCUGCAUGACCUCAAAAUCUCCAAAUGAAACCUCAUUACCAAGCAGAUUCCGAGGAUGUCGACUGUGAUAUUUUAAGACGGCACAAAGUGACGAUCAUGGACAUGGAUUCUAUCAACAUGGACUGUGACUGGGUUUUCUGGUUUCUUUAGCCGCUCUCUGUUCUAUUUUGUAUUUUCAUAAUUCACAUAAAUGUGAAGUCUUUUCAGAAACACGAGGACCGUCGAAUGUGGAGAACGGAAAGCCAAGCAGUGAGUAUUCCUGGCUUGAGAACGUUGACCAAUUCCGAAAGUUAUAGUAUAACCCAAUAGCUUCAUAGUGACCUCAAGGCCGUCCAACUUGAAUUAGUGACCAGUCAGUGCUACAUCUCUCAGCAACCCAGCAUUUGCGCCCUUUUAUUCAGGUGAGUGUAGUUGUUGAUGUCUCCAAUGGGGGAUCCAGCUGAUGAAACCCAUAAAACAAAAGAGAUGGAUGCUAGCAGUUUGUCAUCUUCACAGGGUCAGGUACCACGCCUUCACAAAGUGGGAAUUCCUCCGAGACAGAACCUCUUCAAGGAAUUCCAAUCCCUUGUCAAAGAAACAUUCUUUGCUGAUGAUCCUCUACGCUCUUUCAAAGACCAGACUAAAUUCCGGAAAUUCAUCCUUGGCAUUGAGGCCGUAUUCCCAAUACUUAACUGGGGGAGAAAUUACAAUGCUGUCAAAUUCAGAGGGGAUAUCAUAGCUGGUCUGACUAUUGCAAGUCUCUGCAUUCCUCAGGAUAUUGGAUAUGCAAAGCUUGCAAAUUUGGCUCCACAGUACGGGCUGUAUUCCAGCUUUGUGCCCCCGCUGAUUUAUGCUAUCAUGGGUAGUUCUCGUGAUAUUGCCAUAGGACCUGUGGCGGUGGUUUCUCUCUUGUUAGGAACCUUACUUCAGAACGAGAUUGAUCCUAUUUCACAUCCAUCUGAGUAUCGAAGACUUGCUUUCACGGCUACUUUUUUUGCUGGCAUUACUCAAGCAACUCUUGGGGUCUUCAGGCUGGGUUUUUUGAUUGACUUCCUGUCCCAUGCUGCUAUCGUCGGUUUUAUGGCGGGAGCUGCUAUCACCAUUGCCCUUCAACAGCUCAAGGGUUUCCUUGGCAUUCAAAAGUUCACAAAGAAAACUGAUAUUGUGUCUGUGUUGCAUUCAGUGUUCUCAAAAGCCCAUGAUGGUUGGAACUGGCAGACUAUAGUCAUAGGAGCAAGCUUUUUGGUUUUUCUGCUGAUUGCAAGAUAUAUGGGCAAAAAGAACAAGAAAUUCUUCUGGGUGCCAGCAAUUGCCCCAUUGAUAUCGGUUAUUCUCUCCACUUUAAUUGUGUUCAUAACCCGUGCGGACAAGCAAGGUGUUGAAAUUGUAAAGCACAUAAAGAAGGGGACCAAUCCUUCAUCUGUUAAAGAAAUAUAUUUCAGUGGUGAUUUCCUUGGGAAAGGUUUCAAGAUUGGCAUUGUGGCCGGCAUGAUAGCAUUGACAGAAGCCACGGCAAUAGGAAGAACCUUUGCUUCUAUGAAGGAUUAUCAUUUAGAUGGAAAUAAGGAAAUGACAGCAUUAGGAGCUAUGAAUAUUGUUGGUUCAAUGACUUCCUGCUAUGUAGCAACAGGUUCUUUUUCUCGGUCAGCAGUAAAUUACAUGGCUGGCUGCCAAACUGCAGUCUCUAAUAUUGUUAUGUCCAUCGUUGUGUUCUUGACCCUUCAGUUCAUUACACCUCUCUUCAAGUAUACUCCAAAUGCCAUUCUUUCUUCCAUUAUCAUAUCUGCUGUAAUUGGACUUGUGGACUAUCAGGCAGCAGUUUUAAUAUGGAAGAUUGAUAAAUUUGAUUUUAUUGCUUGCAUGGGAGCCUUUUUUGGGGUUGUUUUUGUCUCAGUUGAGAUUGGACUUUUAAUUGCUGUCUGUAUAUCCUUUGCUAAAAUCCUAUUACAAGUUACCAGACCACGAACAGCUAUUCUGGGGAAGAUCCCUGGGACAAAUGUCUAUAGAAAUACCCAACAAUACCCAGAGGCCACAAAGGUUCCUGGUGUGCUGAUUGUAAGAAUUGAUUCUGCCAUAUGCUUUUCCAACUCCAAUUAUGUUAAAGAAAGGAUAUUGAGAUGGCUGACAGAUGAGGAAGACAGAGUGAAAGGAGAUUACCAAACACGAAUCAAAUUUUUGAUAGUCGAAAUGUCACCGGUUACUGACAUUGAUACCAGUGGCAUUCAUGCCUUUGAAGAGUUAUACAAAAGUCUUCAAAAGAGAGAUGUUCAGCUUGUCCUAGCAAACCCCGGCCCAGUAGUGAUAAACAAGCUUCACACCUCAAAUUUUGCAAAUCUGAUCGGUGAGGACAAGAUCUACCUCACAGUUGCUGAUGCUGUUGCGUACUGUUCCUCAAAGCUGGCGGAAGAGCCUUGA